AUGGAACGAGAUCGUAGAUGGAUGUAUGAUAGAAAUCAUCCUAAUCGUGGGGGGUUGAAGGAAGAAUUUGUAGAAGGUGUUAAAGGAUUUAUUGCAUAUGCAAAAAUACUUCCUGAAUUCCGUAAUGAAGGAAUAAUUAGAUGUCCUUGUGGUAAGUGCAAAUGUAUGAAGUUAUUGAUACCGGAGGAUGUUAAAGUUCAUCUUUACAGUAGGGGGUUUAGAGAGAAUUAUUAUGUAUGGACGGUUCAUGGAGAGAACUACAGUAAUUUAGAUGAUGUUGACUUUCAAAAUCUUGCUGGUUGUGAGAGUAGUACAUUCUUUGAGAAAAAUUAUGAUAAUUCUCAAAUGCAUGAAAUAGUGUCGAAUGCUUUUGGGAUACACCCAGGAGUUCAAUCCCAACAAAAUAUUGAUGAGUCUCCCAAUGAUAAGACAAAACACUUUUAUGAAUUAUUAGAGGCGGCUAGUCGUCCACUUUAUAAAGACUCAAUACACUCGGAGUUGUCUCUUGCAGUUAGAUUACUAACUAUCAAAUCGGAUUGGAAUAUUUCUCAAGCGGCCAUGAAUGCUAUAAUUGGGCUUAUGGGUGAAGAAGUCACAAAUGCCAAAGCAAAGAAAGUUCCAAUUAAGAGGAUGCAUUAUUUACCUAUUAUACCUAGGUUAAAGAGAUUGUAUGCAUCAAUGAGUUCCGCUCCUCAUAUGAGAUGGCACCGCGAAAAUAGAAGGGCGCCUGGUGUUUUGUGUCAUCCUUCAGAUGGAGAAGCGUGGAAGCAUUUUGAUAGGAUGUAUCCUGACUUUUCUAAUGAACCAAGAAAUGUUAGGCUGGGUUUGUGUGCAGAUGGAUUCACUCCUUUUUCUGUCUCUGCUGUACCAUAUUCUUGUUGGCCUAUUUUUAUUACACCGAAUAAUCUUCCGCCAGAGAUGUGUAUGACAAGUCCAUAUUUGUUCCUAACUAGCAUUGUUCCGGGUCCAAGAAGUGUUGAAACAUACGGCAUAUCAACUAAACAAAAUUUUAAAUUGUGUGCUGCUUUGAUGUGGACUAUUAAUGACUUUCCUGUGUAUGGAAUGUUAUCUGGAUGGUCGACUGCCGGAAAGUUAGCUUGUCCUUGCUGUAUGGAAGACACAAAAGCAUUCACUUUGAAACAUGGAGGUAAGACCACAUGGUUUGACUGUCACCGUCGAUUUUUGCCAAUGGAUCAUGAGUUCAGGAGAAAUACUAGUGCAUUUAUGAAGAAUCGAACAGAUUAUGAUGAGCCACCAACAACCUUGUCGGGGGAGGAAAUUUGGGAGAGGGUUAAGAAUUUUCCUAAGGUAACAGAGUCUCCAUUGCUUAAAUUACCUGGUUAUGGUGUUGAGCAUAAUUGA